UCUUUGAUUACUCCCCCCUUUAUCUCGCCGGAGCUGGAAGCCAACAUGGACCGGAACUCUGCUGCGGUUCACCCCAAAACGACGUCGGCGAUGUUCGGGUCAGCAUGCGCAGGUGACCACUUGAAGCGAAGCCCCUCGCAGUUGGAUUUCGAGGAGUGUUUAGAGAAGAUCGCCCGCGGGGAGUUUCGUGGGGACCGGAGUUUCGCCGAUACUGACGGCUUUUUCGGCGACGUACUUUGCUCCGGUGAGCUCAGCUUCGCUUUCAAGAACCGGGACAUACUAAAUGAUUAUUCAAGCAGAGGACUCACUGAAACCAUACAAAGCCCUCAGAAUCUGACCCCCAAGAAUUCCAGCAUCUCAGCAACCAUGGAUGCCCAGUCAUCGAUAUGUGUUGGAACUCCCACAUCAGCUGCUAACCCAAUUGGUAGAGAUAACCAAGCAAGAGGAGCGACUAGUGGUUCCUCUGGAGAUCAAUCAGAUGAGGAUGAUUUUGAGAUAGAAGCCGGUCCAUGUGGAGACAGCACGGACCCUCUUGCUAUCAAACGUAUUAGAAGGAUGGUCUCAAACAGGGAGUCUGCUAGGCGAUCAAGAAGAAGAAAGCAGCAACAUUUGCAAGAACUCGAGGGGCAGGUUGAUAUACUAAGAGUUGAAAAUUCAACCUUAUUUAGGCAGCUUACAGAUGCUUCACAACAGUACCGUGAUGCUGAUACAAACAAUAGAGUGCUGAAAUCAGAUGUGGAAGCUUUAAGAGCUAAGGUGAAGCUAGCUGAAGACAUGGUUGCUCGCGGUUCUUUAACCUCUAGCUUCAAUCAACUUCUUCAAGGUCAUUUGAGCACACCACAACCACUUAAUCCUCAUACUUUGCGCGGUGUGGCACAUGUCUCUCCAACCAUUACCAUUCAUGGAGACGAUGCCUCUUAUGCUGGAAUUACAGUCUCUGGCCAGAACUCGGGCAUGGGACUCGGAAAUGCUGCUGGUAUGACUAAUAAUAAUAUGAGUACCAGGAUCGCGAGUGAUGCAAUGAGCUGUGUGACUGAUAUGUGGUGAUAAGCUAAUAAAAAGAUUGUAAUGUCUCAUGUGUAGUCUGUUAACUAGCUUCACCGUCUUGAUUGCUUUAGGUAUAUUUCUGUACAGUAAUUUCAGAAGUGUGCUUUUGUUUUUUUUUCUUUUUUUCUUU